AUGGCGACGGGUGGAGCACCAUUUGACGUGCUAUCGUCACUGGACCCCGAGACCUUCGCCGGGGAGUCGCGCGCCGUGAUCAACUUCCUCGCCGAGUACUACCGUGACGUCGAGACGUAUCCGGUCCAGCCCCAGUCCUUGCCAGGGUGCCUCCGUGCGCUUCUACCCGACGCGCCGCCCGAGAACGGCGAGCCCAUCGACGUGAUACUGGAGGAGAUGGCCAGGUGGUUCGAGCAGGAGCUGAAGGCCGACGGGCGGUUCGAGGUGGUAGCGCCGACGAGGUUCUCCCUCGUGACCUUCCGCCUCCGUCCAGGGCACGACGGCGACGGUGAUGGCUUGAACCGUAGGCUCCUCGUGGCGGUGAACGCUAGCGGGAGGGCGUUCAUGACGCACUUCGUGGUGGACGGCAAGUUUGUUAUCCGUAUGGCUGUGGGCGGAGCCAUGACGGAGAUGCAGCACGUCCAAGACACGUGGGAGCUUGUCCGGGAGAAGGCCGAGGAGGUCGGCGCCCUCCCUUAG